AUGAACGUUGCCGAGCUUGCUCCAGGCGAUGAUGAGGUCGAGCGGAGCUUCAAAGAGGAGAUGCACUCUGCGAGGACCCGCCCGGCAGUCGUCGAGCCGUCACCAGCAUCAGGAAGCAGACGAAAGGGGCCGGAAAGCCGCAGUUUGGCGCCACAAAGGCUGGCGCCAGAUGCGCGCGGCUCUCCAGCCAGACAUGGUGGUCAGGCGCGUUCCGGUGGCUACGACGGCAGAGCGUCGGAUGCCGACAGAGAAGGCAAGUCACCCGUUCAGGGAGCCACACUUCCGGAGCCAUGGACCAGGCGUCUGGCCAACACGAUGAUUCUGCACACUGUGCAGAAUUCAAUGAUCCUUGCAACAUACCUCCUGGAGCUUCUCACAAGUGGCUACGGCGCCAGGAGCGCUUUGCACAUCGCUUGCUGGGAGGGAUCCGUGUCGGCGGUGCAGGUCGUCGCCAACGGCUCAAAGAAAGCCGUUCAAGACUGGCACCAGCGCAAGGGAGAUUUGACUCCACUGCACAUUGCCGCGAUUUGCAGCCAUGCGGAGGUUGCUGAGCUUCUGCUGGGCUACGACAUCGAUCCGGACAUCAAUACCGUGCAUCAGCUGCGGUCGCUUCACAUCUCUGCUACCUCCAGCACUGAUCUUUGUGAAGUGCUGGUGUCUAGUCGAGCAGACAUCACAGCACGCACGGCGGAUCAGGAUACCCCACUCCACUUUGCAAAUUGUUUCCAGCAGCUGGACACCAUCGAGCUGCUCUUGAAAGCAGGCGCAGAUGCCUCGGCCGCGAACAACUUCGGCGUGGUUCCGCUGCAUGUAGCUGUGGCUUAUGCCGGCCUUGAGCGGCUGGAGUUGCGAGAGGCGAAGGCGACGCUGCUGCUUUGCGCCUAUGGUGCCAAACUGGAUGCCAGGGACCAUCAUGGCCACACCCCUGCGGCCGUGGCCCGGAUGGCAGGCGCUCACAGCUCCUUGAUCGACUUCCUCGAGUCCGCAAGUGAGGACCAUCAGGCGACUGCACAGGAUUUGCUGAAUGCUGUGGACGAGGAUGCCGAAGACUUCGCUUCCAGCUCCCUAGCGCUGAAGGCCAUGCAGAGCGAGAAAACCGCAGGAAGUGACGGAUGGGCGCCGCCAUCCCCCAGCGUGGCAAGGGCGAGAGCGAACUCGUAUGCUGGACAAGAUAUGCAGCUGACGGAGGAGAACUCGCGCCUAUCACAGGAGACCAAGCGGCUUCAGAAGGAGCUUGAUGAGGCUCGGGCGAAUAUUCGGCACCUUCAAGGACUGCUCGAUCAGAGCAGAUCAACCAUGGAGCGGCUGAAAAGCACACGACUCAGCGUCUCCGAGGCUCCCGGAGCAGAGGCAUUUCAGGCGGUCCGUGACGACAUGGAGAAGGAGAUGGGCGAGCUCCGGCAGCGGCAAGAGGAUCUGGGCAGAGAUCGGGAUAGCUGGCUGCAGGAGCGAGAGUCCCUGCUCCGGCAGCUGGAGGAGGCGGCCGAGAAGCAGGAACGAGCCGAGGCCACCGUGAAGCGCAUCACGGCAGAGCGCAACGAAGCCUUGGAGCGACCUGCAGUCAAGGACAUCUCAAGGCCGUCUUCGGCGGUCACCCGACAGGCUGCAGAACAAGCGGCCACGCAAGACGCUGCGCUCUUUGCCAAAGAAGAAGCCCUGAGUCAGAAGGAUGCAGAGCUGCAAGCGAAAGCGCAAGCCGAGCAAGAGGCCCUGGAGGCCCUGCAAGCCAAAGAUGCUGAGCUUGAGCGCCUCACCGCUGAAUUGCACGCGAUGAAGUCUCAAGCGGACCGCUCCGGCAAAGAUCUGGAGGAGAGAUCCGCCGAGCUCUCCCAAAAAGAGGCCGACGUGCUGAGCCGCAAGGCGGAGGUGCAGCGCCUGAACGGCGAGCUCGAGCGCCAGGCGACUGAGAAGGAAGAGCUCUGGAAGAACCUCACUGAGCUCCGAGCACAGCACAAGGAGCUCAGGGAGCAGCAGAGCAAGACCAGCCAAGAGCUCGGAGCCGUGCAGACGCAGCUGCAGGAGAGGGAGGUGGAGUUGGAAGGUCAGUUGAAGGAGAAGGAGCUGACCAUCCAAAAACUGGAGGAAGAUGCGACCCAGUUGACUGGCCAGGUGGCGGAGCUCAGCGGCGUGCGGGAGCGGGCAGAGCAGGCGGAGAAGAUGCUUGAGCCUUGGAAGAAGCGGACCGAAGAAGUUCACGAAGCUUUCCAGAAGGAGCAAGCGCUUCGAAAGCGGUACCACAAUCAGAUGCAGGACAUGAAAGGUGCCAUUCGUGUCUUCGCAAGAAUACGUCCAAAAGUUUCCCGAGAAGCUGAUCAAGAGAUCUCCGUCUGGAGACGGGAUGCCUUUUCACUGGAAUGUGCCGCGAAAGACAAGAAGUCGACUGCGAAGGACUACAACUUCGACGCUGUCUUUGAUGAGCACAACAGUCAAGAGGACGUCUUCGCUGACUGCCGUGGAUUGAUCGGCUCGGCCGUCGACGGCUUCAAUGUUACGGUGUUCGCCUACGGCCAAACUGGUGCAGGGAAGACUCACACCAUGUACGGGAACGAGGCCAUGCCCGGCUUGGUUCCACGGGCCGCAGAGGAGCUUUUCACGGUGCUAAGACGUUAUGCCCACGAAUGCGAGUCGAAAGUCCUUUGUUCGAUGUUUGAGCUCUACCGUGACGACUUAGUUGACCUCCUCUUCACGAAGGCCAAGGGCAAAGCCCCUCCGGUCCUGGACAUAAAGAAGGAUCCGAGGGGGACGGUGAAGGUGGAGAAUGCUGUGGAAAUCGAGGUAACCAAUCCCGACGAGCUGCAGAAGACGAUCAGCACGGGCAUGGACCGGCGGCAUGUCGCAGCUACGAAGAUGAAUGCAGACUCUUCCCGGUCCCAUUUGAUCUUCAUCGUCACAAUUGAGUCUGUGAACAAGAAGUCGAAGCAGGUCUCCACCGGCAAGCUGACCCUUUGCGAUCUGGCAG